CAUAUGCUGUGUCCUGAACGCUUAAACGGGAACGCACACACACACGAUGCCGGGCUGCUUUUCACUCUGAGCAAAGUGAGUUUAUCAUUUCACUCUCGUUCCUCGCGCUGGGUGGGAUUUUGGAGCGCCCCAGGUCUGACAGCUGUGCGCAUGCGCCGAAGGCCCUUUCAGUACCUGCCAGUUCGCUCCUUACUUCACAUGUUGCAACUCUCGGUUGACAAUCACUCGAUUUAAGUUAUCAGCUGCGGUUGCUUCAACAUGGUGAAGAGGAAAACAAAAAGCGAGCAGAGCUAAGGAGGAAGACGGCUUCUUGUUUAUCCCUUCGACUUCAUCUGCUACUUUUUGAGGAUAUAAUAACGAUGCAUCUGAGAACAUUGCUUUCGUGAAAGUUUAAGAAGAAUUACGCCUGGACUUGUUUUUUUUUUUUUUCGCGGCGGAAUGAAGCAGCGAGUUUAAAGCGAGCUCGGAGACUUUUACAUCGCGUAGCCAACUUUUAAAUCACGCAAAUCGCUGACGAAGUGACAGUUCUGUCAGUGGAUUUUUACCUGAGCAGGUGAAGCGAACGCUCGCCAUCAUGUCCAAGCCCAUGGAUCACGUUAAGCGUCCUAUGAACGCGUUCAUGGUGUGGUCCCGAGCGCAGCGGCGGAAAAUGGCCCAAGAAAAUCCGAAAAUGCACAAUUCCGAAAUCAGCAAGCGAUUAGGAGCGGAGUGGAAACUUUUGACGGAGUCUGAAAAGAGGCCGUUCAUCGACGAAGCGAAGCGACUGCGGGCGAUGCACAUGAAGGAGCACCCUGACUACAAAUACAGACCCAGGCGAAAGCCUAAGACUUUAAUGAAGAAAGACAAAUUCGCGUUCCCGGUGGCGUACAAUUUGGGAGAGCACGAGGCGCUUAAAGUGGGCGGCUUACCGAGCGGAGCGCUUACCGAGUCGUUAAUGUGCAACCCCGAUAAAGCUGCGGCGGCGGCGGCGGCAGCCGCGGCAAGGGUGUUCUUCAGCCCUUCCAUGUCUACAAACCCCUAUUCGUUUUUUGACCUCGGCUCAAAAAUGACAGAACUUUCUGCACCGUCUUUCCCAUACGCCUCGCCGUUGGGUUACCCGACAGCGGCGACGGCUUUCUCCGGAGCGGGCGCUAUCGGAACCGGCGCACAUACCCACACGCAUUCCCAUCCAUCGCCGGGUAACCCGGGCUACAUGAUCCCCUGUAACUGCGCAGCUUGGCCGUCUGCAGGGCUCCAGCCACCUCUUGCCUACAUUUUACUACCUGGAAUGGGCAAACCACAACUUGAACCGUAUCCCGCGUACGCGGCGGCGUUAUGAGACUCUGAAAAAGUUUCUAAAUGUGAAAUCAACGCAAUACACGUGGAGCAUGAACAUGUGAUGCCACGAUCGUCAUAUCAGAUAUCACAUGUGUUUGUAUCAUGAUUAAUGCCUUGAUGUAAGGUAAAACUCUCUGGCGUUCGGCGUGGAUAUUAAUGACAAACGACAGUGUGCUGAGCGAAGCCAGUACGCCCUUAUCAAUGUGAAUAAUUCUAUGAAAAGCUUCCACGCCAGACUAACCUGUUGACUCUGUAACUAGUUUACCAUGUGCCGCUAUUGCAGAGAAAAUAGGAUGAUGCUGUUCAAGUGGUUGCAUUUUAGCUAUAUUGGAAAAAAAAAACCAUUGUUUUAUUAUGAAAAUCGACCUGAUGAAUUCCCGCGCAGUUUUUUUCUCUUCUUCUUCAAAUCAGUCAUGUUGCUGUAAAUGUGUACAGUUUUAUUAAAUCAUAUCUGGUUAGUGCUCCAAAUGCCGGAGCUGUUGGACUAGAAAUCAGGUGUAUAUUUUGAGUUUCGAAUAAUAUUCCAUUGAUGUAUGUAAUAUUUAUUGUUCAGUCAGUGAAACUACCCUAUUUGUUGAUCGUGGGACACGCCGUGUCCUUUGAUAUUUGCACAAAGGGAGACCACGAGCACUUAUAAGUGUAAUUUAUUCAAAAGAAACAACAUGCCCAAGUUUCUGAAAUUUCUAGGGUUGCUGGUCCGUCGACAUAUUCUACAUCAGACGAUUAUCAGAUGCGUUCACGUAAGAAAGUCAGUCCGUUUUUUUUUACUAACUCGAAGUGAAAUUGUAUGUUAUAUGUUUUGCAUAAUUCCACUUAUAUGUACUUAAAAUGCCUAUCGUUCAUUUAUUGAACAAGGGGGAUAUAAUAAAGCGUAUGCGGAAAAAAGGAAAUUGCUCUGUAGUUCUUGAUGAAUGGCGAACAAGAUUUGUAUCUUGAAUGCCUUUACUUGGUCGGACCAGGUGAAGUGUAAAGUAUCCUCUAAAAGACGCUUUUGUUCGGGCUUUGAAUAGAAUUACUCAGAAAUCUCAAGCAGGUCUUUGUAAUCAAGAGCCAAAAUCCUGAUUUAUCACAACUCAGAUCAUGAAUAGGAAGGAAGAUAAAGCCGAGGAGUUUACUUUUAAGCAAAAAACCGAAACCGUUUAGGCCUUUCGGACAGACUUUUCUUUGCAUCUCUUAGUCAAAUAGAGCUAUUUUAUUAAAAAUGGGAACACUCUUGUCCAUGUAAUGUUUUAUGUACUCACCGGUUGUCAUUA